CUGGAAUCACACGGACACGGUCAAUCAAAACAUGACUGUUCAUCUUCGAAAGAAAAAAGAAGAGACAAAGGCCCUUAAGGACGAAUCGGAAGAAAAGAAACGAAGAGCAAAAGAGCCGCAAAAUAAAUAAUAAGAAGAGGAGAAAGAGUAGGAGAUGAGGAGGGAGAGAAAAAGAAGAAGAGAUCCGUAAGAUUUUGGCCGGCACUGCUGCAGUUGAUCUCUUUCCUCGAUGUCUAUCGUCUCUGUAGCGUCCGCUCAGACGUGUUGCCGCCGCUGCAAUAAUCGUCAGUGCCGCGCGACCACACGCCAUCCUCAUCUUAUUAAGUUUCCGCGAGCAAGCCUUGUCCCGUAAAUUGCUCCACCCAGUCCCCUAUCGUAUGGCUGGAUGUGUUUAUUGACUGAAAGGCAGAGGUAAUACGGAGUAAUAUGAUAGGGGUAAAUUGGGAAGGCACGGAAAAAUAAGUCCUAUUUAGAAGUUAAAAAGCUUGGACUCCUAUUUAGUUACAUUAAGUUUUUUUAGUCCUAUUUGACACCAUUUCUCAUAAAAGUAUGGUACUUUAAGGGUACCAUAAAAUCUACCUUUAAAAAAUAGGGUACAGUACCUAUCAUUCACUUGAUUGGUCCAAAUCAUUAUAUCAUUUUUAAUUUAGAUUUAAAUAAUUCAACUGCAACAUUUUGAUUGAUCCAUGUGGACGAAGGUAUGGUACCUUAUGGUAGGGGUGGGCAUAAAUAUCCGUAACCGAUUAACCGUACUAAAAUACCGUAAAACCGGUGUUUUCUCGGUUAACCGUACCGUGUUUUAGAAAAUUUUGCGGUACGGUUAACCAACCGAAAGAGAAAGCGGUACAUGGGAUGGUUACGGUUUUGAAAUAUUUCUACCAUCGGUUAACCAGUAAUCCACCGUUAACAUAUUAUUACUAGUAAACACAUGUCAUAGUAAACAUGUUGCGUGUGUAUUGUCUCGUACUGGAAACAUUUAGUGUACUGAGUUUUAUACUCUGUAUGUCGUAUAAUUAGGAUAUAUACGUAUACAUUUGUAUUAUUAUUAUUAUUAUUGCAUUAUUACACACCACUGCAAUUGCACCCACUUGUCAUUCCCAUGCAAAUCCAUUCAUGAUUUACUCGUAUUUUACAUCCUUGUUUCUCACAUAUGUAAGGUACAGAGCAUAUACACGUGUGCCAAACACUCAUGUUGCCUUUAUUAGAAACACAAUGUGCUUCAUAGUUCAUAUUCAAUAUAGAAACCAAUUUCAUACAAGAAACGAAUACUCAUACUCGUAUAAGCUUAAGGUCGUAAAUUGAAUGAGCAAAUGGUUUUUCGGUUAACCAAUUAAUGGUUAACCUAUAUUACGGUUUAAUGUUCUACGGUUAACCGAUGUUAUGGUACGGUUAAUGAUAUUAUAAACAUUCUAACCGAAAGCACGGUUAACCAAAGAUUGGUUAACCGAAAUGCGGUUAACCAACCGUGCACACUCCUACCUUAUGGGUACCAUAGAAUAUACCAUAUUUAUUUCAUUUGGGAUCCCCUUCAUAACAAUUUUGUUGGCCUUCAACAUAUUUCUGAUCGAUGAGCAUUUUUGUCUUUUCAUACGAGGUUGGAGGUACAAAUACAAUGUUUUUUAAAAAUAAUAUGCAAAGUCUAAUUUGGACAAUAAAAUGGGUGCAAACUCAAAUUACCCUUUUAUGAAACUUAUAAAAUUUAUACGUUACUAUAAUAUUUUAAGAACAGGGCAAAAGUAUUAUUUAUCUAUGGCUUUGUAAAAUGCAAAGUGACUAGUUUUCUUUUUCCUUUCCAAAAAAUAUGACUAGUUUUUGUUUAAUGUUUAAUCCAAACUUUUUCAUAUUGCAAUUUACAUCCAAUCUCUGCCCCAGCCUCCACCCUACACCCGCUCAGUCGCUUUCGGAAACUGCCAUUGGAGGAGACUACCCUGAAAUAGUCAUCAGAAAAGUACAAUGAUAUUUUUUUUUUUUUUUAAGAAAAUCAUUGAUAAUACAAAAAAUAUGGUAACCAAACAGUCACUCAAAUAAAGAGAAAAGUGCCAAAUAAGUUCAUACUAUGUAUGGAAAGCCAAUUAAGCCCCCGUAAAUUAUGCCCUCCUAUUAUGUAAAUUUCGCCAAAUCCGACAUUUGGCAAGUUACCUACUCAUGCGGCGCACACGUGGCGAGCUAGGUAUCCCGUUUUUUCUUUUAGUUCUUUGUCUUUCUUUCUUUCCUUCUUUCUUUCUUUCUUUCUUUCGCAGAGUCGCGGGCCUUCUUCCUCGUUUGAAGACCGGUAAUUCUUCCAUGGAGGCUCAAAUUGGUUCCCAAAUCACCCAGCUCCUUUAGUAGGUCAAACUGAAAAUCGGCAGCGCACCUGAAGAGGCAAUGUGGGAUGCAGCUAGAUAGGCGACGGGAAGUCAUGUCGUCAUCCCAGAUUAGGGCUUUUAAUGAACCGAGCUUUUAUCGAAAUAUUCUAGUUCAAGCUCGGUUUUGAACCUAACAAGCCGAGCUUAACGAACUUUCAAAGUCAAACCCGAGCUGAAUUUUAAGUUCAAAAAAUUCAUCGAGCUGAGCUCGAACAUAGUAGUAUUCGGCUCGGUUCGAGCUCGAGUCUAUCGAACACCCUGAAAUUACAAAUAUAGUUUAUAUAUAGGUCAAAAUUUAAAUAUAGUUAGUAUGACUUAAUGAAUUUAAAUAUGAUUACUAACAAACCGAAUACUUGUUGAAAAAUUCGAGCACAAGCCUAUUAACGAGAAUCACCUCAAAUUUUAUAUUUGAGCAUAUUUAUUGAGCUUAUCGAGCUUCGGUUUGAACAUCGAACGCCUAUCGAGCCGAACAUGAGCCUCAUUUGUAAAGCUCGUCGAGCUUCAAGCUCGUAGUAGACUCGGUUCAGCGGGGUUUUGACCUUCCAUAAAUCGCAGAGUGCCAUCCAGAUCUCCUCCAUCUCCAGGCUGUUUGACAUCUGGGCACAAGGAAAGAAGAAAAGAGGGUACGGGAAAAGAUGCUCGACCUCAGUAAAAUCAGAAGACGAGGACGACAAUUGGGAGUUCCUCUGGCGGCUAUUCAUGGUGCAAACUUCAUGUAAACCUAAUGCCUUCAAGAUGCCCCUUCUGCCUUUUGCCACCACUAAUCAUCUAUUUUUCCAGUGCUCCCUCGUCAAACCAGCUUAGGACUAUUUGAUGAAUUGAUGGGUAUCUUCCUCAUUCCUAUUCCCAACGCUGAUUUUUUGUGUAGGGAGGCCUGUUCUUCCAGGUGGUUUGCAGGAGGGUCAACUAACAUGGAGGACAUCUUCAAGCACGUUCUCCCAGGGCUCAUAAUUUGGCACACUUGGAAAUUUUAUGCGGCCUUCACUUGGGACAACUGCUCGGUCCCGGGUCCCCUUGCCACAGAAUUUUCGUAAAAUCAAAGCCUAUCUUAUUAACUGGUCAAAUGGUCUUAUUAUCUCCAAGAAGUCUAGACCUACAGAGCUUCUUUUUAAGGAACGUCUCAUCCCCAAGACCAUGGCCAUCAAACAUAGAUUAAUCUCAGUUCAAUGGGAAAAGCCAAGAAAUUGCACCAAACUCAACAUGUACGUGGCACGCUUACCUGCCAAAUCAUCCGGUGAAGCAAUUAUGCGUAACUCAGAAGGCAAAUUUAGAGUGUUUCUCCUUCAAUGCUUCCUCAGUUUUAGAAGCCGGACUCAAAGCUACCCAUAUCGUGGUUGAAUGGGCCACUCAAGCUGGAUACUUCAGUUUCACAGUUGAAUAUCAACCCUAGCCGUGAUUUCCCUCUUAUCCUCCCCCAAACAACUCGUGACCGGACAGACUCAUAACGAUCAUCUAAAUUUUUUUUGCAAACACCCAAACAACAACACUCCUUUCGCCACUGCUACAGGGAAGCCAACUCGGUCUCUCAUCUAUUAGCACAUAGCCCAGAGUUAAAUGGCAACCAGAAGACUCCUAUUGCUCUAGGAGCCUACUUCUUCGAUCUAUGCCCUCUGUGGGAGGUUCCUAACACUCAAGCGAUGCUCUAGACUGUGUUUCCAGGGUAUUUCAUUUUAAUAAAAUUUGUCCCUGGGUUCUACCCUUGAUUGUAUGCAUUUCUUAUGAGGUCUUGG